CACUGUGUAUAUAUAGAUUAUAAUUUAUUGUUUUAUCCAUGAAUAUGACUUUGGAGGGUUGUUUGUACAAACUCCGCCGCACUAAGGGUGAAGAAUAUAAUAAAGAAGCGGAUGUGCACCUGCUGUCACUGUGCAUCUGAAUGCUGAAAUUGCAGAAAGGACAACUUUUUUGCAAUUAUGUUGCAGCAUUGGUGCCUUUUAUUGCACAAAGCAACAAUAUUAUAAUUAUGAUUUAUAUACUGAACGUCGACUUUGGAUUUUAACACCCAUGACCUGCACAGCGAAUUUUGUGAUUUUUGUUGUUUAUUUAUAGUUUUUUGUACACGUCAAAAGAGACAGAGGGGAUCCCGUGUAUUAGUGGGUCUGGUUAUCAUUUGUGGGUUGAAUUUUUUUUGGAUCUGAAGAGUCUUAAACAUGUAUGCAGGACGGAAAAGGAGAAAACCAGUGCAAAGAACGGUGAAACAGUCCCCAGCUGAAGGUGUGAAAUCAAACCCAUCCAAACGUCAUCGAGACCGGUUAAACUCUGAGUUGGACCAGUUGGCCAGCCUCCUUCCGUUUCCCGAAGAGGUUACCAGCAGCCUGGACAAACUCUCCAUCCUGCGUUUGAGUGUCAGUUACCUGCGAGCUAAGAACUUCUUCUCAGUUGCCCUGAAAAACCACAACUGCAACAGUUUAUCAGCAAACAACAGUAACCAUGACAACAGUAAAGCCUCGGGAUUGGCUGAUGGGUGGCUGUCUGAGGGAGAGCUCCUACUGCAGGCCCUUAAUGGCUUUGUGUUGGUGGUCACCUCUGAGGGGAUAAUUUUCUACUGCUCUCACACCAUCCAGGAUUACUUAGGAUUCCAUCAGACAGAUGUGAUGCAUCAGAAUGUCUUUGAACUCAUUCAUACUGAGGACCAACAGGCCUUCAGACAUAACUUACACUGGGCCCUGAAUCCUCCUCCAGCCAGCACCCACACAGAUGAGUCCCCACAAGAUGGGGAUCUGGUCCCAAGUAUGGCUCUUGUGACAUGCAACCCUGAGCAGCUGCCUCCUGAAAACUCCUCUUUCCUCGAGAGAAAUUUUGUCUGUCGUUUCCGUUGCCUCCUGGACAAUUCCUCAGGAUUCCUAGCCCUGAAUCUACAAGGACGUCUGAAAUUCUUGCAUGGACAGAACCGGCGAUUGGAUGAUGGAGGCCAAAUGCCGCCCCAGCUCGCCCUGUUUGCCAUAGCAACGCCCUUACAGCCUCCCUCCAUAAUGGAGAUCCGAUCCAAGAACAUGAUUUUCAGAACUAAGCACAAGCUGGACUUUACCCCAAUGGCCUGUGAUGCAAAGGGGAAAAUCAUUCUUGGCUACACAGAGGCAGAGCUGAGAGUUCGUGGUUCAGGGUACCAGUUCAUCCAUGCUGCCGAUAUGCUCUACUGUGCAGAGAACCAUGUUAGGAUGAUCAAGACUGGAGAAAGUGGCCUAACUGUGUUCAGACUACUUACAAAGGACAACCGCUGGAAAUGGGUACAAGCUAAUGCUAGACUUGUCUACAAGAACGGCAAGCCUGACUACAUCAUCGCCACCCAGAGGCCUCUUGUAGAAGAAGAAGGUGGGGAGCACUUGAAGAAGCGAUCUAUGAAUCUUCCUUUCACCUUUGCCACUGGAGAAGCUCUGCUGUACCAAACCAGCUACCCCUUCCCAGGUUUCUCUGACAACCUUCAGGGCAAAGGCAAGAGCAACAAAACCAAAAAGAGCAAGGUGGAUAAAGACUCCAAGGAUGAUCUGGACCCCAACUCUCUUCUGGGAGCCAUGAUGAGACAGGACAAAACGGUUUAUGUUUGCCAGCCUGCAGUGGAGCCAAGAAUGUCCUUCCAUAGUAGCCUCUUCAGUGAACAAGGAGAGACUAGCUCUUUCUCUUCUUCUGCAGAGAACGAUAGUUGGAAUCCAGUGCAGAAUGGUGUAGUUGCAAACUCCAAACAAGAGCCUUCAAGUUUUGACCCACUUCUAGCAACAUUAGACUCUCUGUCCCUGGAAAAUGAGGAGAACUGCUCCAACAGCGAGCUCUUCAAUGCCCUGGAAAACCUUGGACUCAAUGCAGAAGAUCUGGAGUUACUUCUUCUGGAUGAGAGGAUGAUCCAGGUAGAGAUGGAACCAGAUUACAUCCCAUCUCUUAACGAUAUUCUUACCAAUAAUGAAAUAAUUUCCUACGUCCAUGAUUUGUUGGAAAACCGUAACGAGGAUGGACCAAGUGGUGAAGAUACUUGGAUCCCUGUUGCUGCACUAGAUUCUGCUGCACCUCCUAAGCCAUGUUCUGCUUCUGAGUCGGCUCCUCAAGUUACUUCCUCUAUGCCUGCUCCGUACAUACCUUUCUGGCCACAAAAGCAGACAGCACCCAUAGUUCAGCUUUCGCAACGGAUGCAGCAACAUCUCAACGGACAGUCGGUUUGCCACAAAACUGAGACCUGGAUCCAUGAGCCAAUUCCUCAGGUGUCUACAACAAACACUGAGACAACUACAUUUAACCAGCAUGACUCCUUGUUGGUUAACCCGGUAACAGGUUUGCACAAUGGUCAUUGGGUUACAGAACACAUGCAAACCAACUUGAACAAGACCUUACAGUUUGUAGACAAGAUAACGGAAACUAGUAAAGCACAACCACAGCAAUUGCAGCAAAACCAGUUGCCACUCCCAUUCCAGUAUAAAAACAAAACUGUUGAGGGUGGCAAUACCCCUACAAACGGCUACAGUGACCCUCAAUGGCACAGAUACAACUUCACCGACCAAGUAGACCUCGUCACAAACAGAUCUUGUUUUCCUAAUGGCCACCCCACCACAUAUGUACGGAACACAAUGAGUAACUAUGUGGGUUACAGUAUGGCUGAUGGAUCAGGCAUGGAUUUUACAAUGAACAGCAGUUCAGCUGGGGAUGUAGGGCAGUUUCAGGGAGUCAUUGCAUCAUCUGCAUCCUAUCAGCAGGGUUAUCUGAAACAGCAGCAGCAGCCAAAGGUCACAUCCACUUAUUACACCUCCUAUACCAAACAGAACUCCUCACUAGAGCAUAUCCUGGGAUUAGCCCCACCUCCGAACCUCCCCACAUUGACAGAUUACGGCUCUGAUAUGACCCAUGACACCACCCACAGUAAGAUGGAGACUGGCUUCAUACUCAACUCCACUACUGUGGCCUACACAGGAAGUUGUCUGGUUCCCAAUGGCAACGCAGUGGCCACCCCCGGCAACAGUCCCCAUGCCCUUUCUGAGCCACUCCCACCUCCUCCAGACCCUCAGACCACUGGCUUCUACCUCUGAUCAGACUCAGACAGAUCUGUCCGGAGAGACAGUCAGUCACAAGUCGACUAGCAAAAAAAAAAAAAAAAAAGUGACUUUUUGUGUUUAAAGUUUGCUUAUCAACUUGAAUUACAUUUAUUUUAAUUUAUACUAAAUGAGCCACAUUCACCUUAGGAAUAUCAAACCACUUAUAGUCGCUGAAGAAAAUCAAGCCAACAUAAAAUGAUAGCACUCUCAAUUACAACAUAUAUGAAGAUUAUGUUUGGAUUAUUUCUGACUAAGCGUAAGAAAUUAAUGAUGCUUUGUGAAAUCUACAGAAAAUGUCUGCAGUUGGCAUUCAGUAUGCAGUUUAAUGGGUCAUUCACACGGAACACGUUUCUGCGGAAUUAUGUUUUUGAAUUACUUUUCCAUGAAACGUGCUGGACAGAUGUCUUUGUCCGUUGCGAUGCAUCUUGCUGCUUUUUUAACGUUUCGUGCUACGAUCGAAACUUUUUUAAGAUGCCCUGUCAAACUAAAAGAACUUUAACUUCUAAAAAUGUGUCUUCUUGAGACACCUGAAUUUUCUUCCGUUCAUUGCGUUGCGUCCAAAUCUUUGCUGUUUUUUUUUUUUUUUAACGCAAGAACGCAUUCUGUGUAAAUGGCACAAUUAGAGAUGUUCCCUCUGUAAUAAGUGUGUUUUGGGUGUAUUUUUUUGUGUAGGUAUGUGUGAGAGCGUGUAACGUCAGUCGCAAUUUAUUGGGCCUCUUUCAUGAAACGUGAGAAAAGCACAUUUCUGUGUAAAUCGUAUGCACAAAUUCUAUUCAACAACAGUUUUAAUAUCAAUAGUUAAUUAAUAACUAUUGAACAAUAGUUUCGUUCAAUCUCAAAUUAUAGUAAACAUUGAAUUACACAAAGACUGAAGAAGAAAUGUCCAUGUAUAAUGUUUGUUAUGACAGUCUACUUAAGAAUGGUUUUACGAACGAUUUACACCGAAAUCCAUUCUGCUUCAUGUUUCACGAACGAGGCCUACUGAGACUUAUUCAUUAAAUGCGAGCAGAACAAAUUUCUGCAUAAAUCGUUCAUGAAUCCAUUCUUGCAUAUAUAUUGGCAUGGUAUUGAAUUCAAUGGUUUUACUAACAAUUUACACAGAAUGUUGUUUGCUCGUGUUUCAUGACUGAGGCCAAUUGUCUGUAAAUGAUGUCAAGAGUGUAUGUAGCAUAUAGCCGUUACGAAACCAAUUGUUCAGAAACAGUAAAUUAUUUCAAUUUUAUAUGAACAAGAUUGCGAUGCAUACUUGUUUAUGAAUAGGCAAGAGUGUUCCAUUCCUUUUAACAGUCAUAUAGUAAACGAUAAUUUAAAAGUAAAAAUACACAAGAUGUCAAUAAAAAAGCAGUAAAAGUUAGCUGUAAAAAAAAAGUCACUUAGCCAUUGCCUGACCUCUUCAUCUCACUAUUACAUUGGGUGAGGUUAUAUUUCGAGAAGCUGAUUCUAGAUCAGCGUUACAAAUCUACUUUUACCAGCUUCCGUCCUUUUAGAUACAGGUGUUCAAGUGUUUAGUAAUUCCAGAACUUAUCCAUAAUGAUCUUGCGCAUAUUCGUAGGUAUUUGUACAUAAAGUGUACACGUACGUUUUUGUACAUUUGAAAAGACACUAAAACAUACAAUAUCAACGUAUUGAGAGAAAAAUUUAAUUUUUUUUAAAUAUUUACGAACUGGUCGGAUCUGAAAUUCUCACCGCAUGUGAUCGAGUUCAAUAUGCAAACACAAUGAGGUAAAUGCGUUGUGUUAAACGUUUAAUCGCUAUUUUAUUCAUUUAAUUAUAAAUACAAUAAAACCAACCUAUGAAUUCAAUAUUCUACAAACCUCAAAGGAUGUGUAAACAUUUGUCUCUAAACUCGUUUUGCGUAAAUUUAAGUUUUCAAUUUACGAUUUACAUUUUUCUAUUUACUCUACCAAUUCGUUGAUAUUUCAGUGUCUAUCCAAACGAGAAGCACACUUAAUGUACAAAUUCAUACAAAUACUAAUGAGAUUACAUUGACUCAUCAACGAAACCAAUUCAAAAGCGGGGUUUGUUUCGUCUUGGAAAAAGAGAUUCUGGAAACUUACAUUAUUGAAUGUGUUGCGUAUUUUGUAAAGCAGUAAAAAAAAAAAAAAUGUUAUGUGAUAUUAUUUCAUCAAGGUGUUUAUUAAUAAUAUUGUUAAUUUUAAUAGUAUUAUAAAGUCACAGAGAAAAUUACUUUUCAGGCCAGCCUCUGUUUUUAAGUUUUAAUUUUAAAUACAUAUAUACUGUACAGAUGUUUCUUAUAAGAGGUAACACUCAAAUUGUAACUAUGGGUUCAAAUUUCUUUAACACACAUAUGAGAAAACAAUAUGACAAUCAUUUACGAAAUGUUUAAGUACAAGUUUGUAAAUAGUGGAAAAACUGUUUAUUUAAUAUUGCCGUAAGCACUAUUUUAAGAAGCACUGCCUUUUUAGCGGCACAAGAUGUAGCUUCUAGAGAAUUUUUUUGGAGUAAAUGUUAUAUAAUUUCUUUAGGUAAUGUGUUCUGUUUGUCUGUUUUAAAAAAAAAGAAAAAAGUUAUACACUUUUAAUGAAAAAAAUUACCUGAUUAUCAUGAUUAAUUUUACUUUCAGAAUUUAAAUGUUUUGCUAUUUGGUUAGAAAUUAUGUCAGCCAUGUCAAGUCUUUUUUUAAAGAAAUUCACAUUUCGAUUUAUUUUAAUAUUCUAACACACUGAAAGUAGAGGUGAAGAUAUGCAGUUCUGUCUGUUUGUCAUUUGACUGCUUGUUGAAAUGUACAAUUUGGUCCUUUAAUUAAAGAAU